ACUUUUUUUUCAUUUUUUAACAUCUAAUCUCAUCCUUUUCUUUCUCUUUCUUUUCUUUUCCUUUCUUUUUUUCGUUAAUGUAUUUAUAUAAAUAUAAGUAGUUAAUUGUGAUUGAGUCACAGUUGAUUGUUAUCAUCAUCAUCAUCAUCAUCACCAUCACCUUGAACAUAUAUCAUCAUCUUAACAUUUAACUCAUCCUAAUUUUAGUUUUGUCACAUUUGUUCUUUCCCUAACCUUUGAUAGUUGUUCAGAUGGCAAUGAUUAUUGUACCCAAACCGAAUACGAUUGCUCCUGCUGUAAAUGAAGUACGAUAUUCUGAACCUGGUGUAGACAUUUAUAAUGGUGUUACAUUUUUAGGAAAGGGAAAUUUGUUCAUUACAACCUCAAGUAUAACUUGGAUUAACCCAGAAAAUGGAUCAGGAAUAAAUUUAUCAUAUUUCGAUAUCAGUUGUCACGCUAUAUCCAGAGAUACGACCACUUUUGGUCAUCCCUGUAUUUACAUGAUGAUUCGUGUUAACGAAUUAGUAGGUUCCUCCAAUGAGGAAUUAGCUAAUUACUUAGAUCAAUAUCCCGAAGAUUAUGAAGAGAUCAGAAUGGUUCCUGCUCAAGAACAAUCAUUGGAAAUAAUUUACAACAUGCUCUGUGAAUGUCAAGCCCUUAAUCCUGAUCCAACAGAUAAUGGUAAUCAUAAUGGUGCCUCGGAUGAAGAUAUGGUUUAAUUGUUUCUCAUUAGAUUAGUUGAUCAUAAUGAUGACUUGAAAUAUGUCACAUUACCAACAAUAACGUUUCUCAUUUGGUUAGAAUAACUUCAACUUUUUUUUCCCCAUUUUGAUUCAUUUUUCUUUCUCUCUCCUUUCUUUUCCUUUCACCAAAUAUUUACACCAUAUCAUGAUAUCAUCAAUUAAACAUCUAGAAUCAUGAAUUGAAUUAUCUCUCUCAAGUGAAGGUUGAAUAAAAGAUAAUUGUUUCUCUAC